GCAGCGGACGACACUGGCUGGAGUGUGUAAACAAUGAUGGCUGCGGACGGUGGUGCGAGCGGCUCCUGCCAGCCCAUCCUCCCGACCCUCUUCCACAUGCUGGACGACAACACCUCCCACUUCAAGGACGACGACUCUGAGUACGGCCAGCGGCUGCACAGUGGCUUCGUGCUGCUGAAGGAGAACAUGGAGAAGGUGCUGUAUCUGAGCGAGGCGGUGAGGAAGGAGGCGCACUUGUACGACUUCGACCAGCACACUCCAGGCAACGGCUUCAGGAGCUUCAACAGCAUCGUGCAACAAGCCAUCCUCAGCGUCUUCGACCUCUGCAAGCAGAUCUGCACAAACAGGGAUUCUUUGCUCUUUAGGAAAGGACAUUUUGUUAGGGAAGUUGAAGCAUGGGGGCAGACCUUAGCAUCAUUGGCUGUACUUCUGGAGUACAUUGAUAGCAUGUUGUUGCCACGGUGUGAAGAUGGUAACCUUCUUUCUGGCACAAAUAGCUCUCCCAAUGAGUUGAUGAGUAUGCUGAACUCUGUACCUCAGUAUUCUUUCUAUGGCCGCUGUCUGGGCUUCCACUACUAUCCAUCCCUGCGGAAGACUCUGAAGUAUCUGAAUAUAUGUCUUAGUGCAUUCAGUGAAGUUUACUAUGCAGACGGCAACAGUUUUAUGCAGCGGACUAAAAACACGGUUAUGUCAAGCAGCAAGUAUGUUGUUGAUGCUGAGCUUCGAUCUCGUAGAAUUGUUGAUGUGGUUCAAUACUCUUCAGUAGAGUUCAUUAAAGCAUUUUGGUCUGUGGCAGAGACAGAUUUUAUGACACAGUUGCCAGGUAUUGUGGGUCCAAGUCUGGCUGUGCAGCAAGUAGUGAUAGUGCCAUGUGAAGAGCAGCAGGUUAUGAAAAUGGAUGGCACUGCUACUGUUGUUGUCCCGCCUCCACAUUCCCACAUUGAGGGGCAACCCAUCACAUGCCACUUACUCUCGGCCCAACUGCGUGAAGGAAUGGUAGGCAGGAAGCCUGGAGAGCGAGAAAGCAAGAAUUCGUCAAUAUUGGCUCCUUCAGAUGGCUUGCUCAUCCACUGUCACGGUGGAGGCUUUGUUACCCAGUCCACCAAGGCACAAGAAGUAUUUCUCCGGGAGUGGGCAUCCAAUAUUGGUGUUCCAAUUCUGUCAAUUGACUACUCCUUGGCACCGGAAGCCCCUUACCCACGUCCUUUGGAAGAAGUCUUGACUGUUUACUGCUGGGUGUUAAACAACCUGAAGCUGUUGGGAACUACUGGAACCAAAAUUGUUAUGACAGGUGACAGUGCUGGAGGUAAUUUGAUUGCAGGACUUACAGUCAAGUGCCUGGAGCUUGGAAUACGUCCUGCAGAUGGUUUGUUCUUUGCCUACACACCUUUUGUCUUUGAGCUUGUUCCAUCACCUGCAAGACUCUUGGCUGUCAUGGACCCUAUGCUGCCUCUUGGCUUUGCUUUAAGGUGUCUGAAAGCAUAUGCAGGUAUUUCAAGUGGAAUAACGUCUCGAGUGACAUCGCCAGGAGAUGUAACGCUGCCAACCUUCACUUCUCAAGCAUCAAAGACUUCCACAAAUUCAGAACUCAUAGAAGGCCCAGCAAAUGAUGCUUCAGCAAAUGAUGCUCCAGCUUCACUUAAUGUUCCACAGACAAAGUCAGGAGUGUCAGAUACUCAGAGUGAUACAGAAUCAUUUGUUGAAGUCUCAGAAAGUGAUGUCAAAGAAGCAGAGACAUUAGUCAAAAGUCCCUCUUUUCUCUCAGACCCAGGAUCUGAUACCCUUACUACAGUCUCACUUACAUCUGAGGCUUCCAAACUAGAAGAUACAUCCACAAAAAAUAGUAAUGGAAAUGGGAGCAACAAACCAGAAGAGAAAGAGGAACGCUCUAGAAGAUAUGUCACAGAAUUUUUAGAAAAAUAUGUUCUUGAUUCUCGAACAGAUAAACAGGGUCGAAGGGUUCCAAUACUUCGAACUGGAAGCGACGAGAGUGAACAGGAAGAUGAAAAUGUUCUAUUUGAGGCUCCUAGUAUGGGUGCUGGUAUCACUGCUAAACUUGGCCGAGCCAAAGAUGCAGUAGUUAGUGGCAUUUCAGCAGGACUGACAUCAUUUGGACUGAGAAGAAAGGAAAGUGUCUCAUCACCAACAUCCCCUGUGAAGCCACUGCCUACAGCAGUCAAAAGAUCUUCUCUAGGUCAAAUUCUAAUGGGCAGGUCUCCGUCACGGAGGAACAGUCGAUGUAGUCUGAUGGAGGAAUUCAGCGGAGUGGAAAUAAUAAAUGAUCAUUAUCUGAAUCCUCUUAGUGCUCCUAAAGACAUUCUCGCCAAAUUUCCUGCUUCUGCCAUUCUCACUGUAGAAUAUGACUUCUGCUUGGAUGAUGAUGUUACCAUGGCCAAGACAUUAAAGUCCCUGGGUGUACCAGUCACUAUUGAUAUUUUGAGCAGUCUUCCCCAUGGAUUUCUCAAUCUGUCAUUAGUGUCACAAGAGGCUCACUCUGGGUGUAAGAAGUCCAUUUCACGCAUAAAACAACUGCUUGGUAUAGAAGAAAGGGAAGAAAAUGCAAAGGGGUGAUACCAAGAGUUAAGUCAUGCUCAUUCUCAGAAUUUGCAGUUGGUAUGUGCUUUUGAAGAGUAUGUGACAACGCAUAAUCAAAGUCAGGUAUUUUUAAUUUAUAUAAUGCGAGACCCUUAUGAGUAAAAUUUAGCAGCUUGCAAUUUUGUGCCAAUGCUUUAAUGCAACCAUUUAAUGAGUUUUUAUAUUUUAGUAUUUUUACUUUUUAAGGGAUUAAGAUUUAUAUACUUUUGAAUAGAUACAUUUAUAUGUAUGUUUCAAAGCUUUUGAGACAAAAUAGAAUUUGUAUACCAGUAAUUACUGAAGUAUAAACACUUGUGGAGACUUAAUUCUCAGCUCUUUAGCUGUAGUGAGUUUAUAUUGAGUAUAGUAUUAAUGCUGCUCUAAGAAAUAAUGUAAUCACGAACACAUGUUAUGAAUGCAAUAUUGUCCGCACUCCUGAAUCAUUACAUUUUGAGUUUGCAUUAGAGGCUUUUAUAGCAAGUUGAUUAUACAAGGUCUUAAAUGUAAGAAUUUUGUAACUGCCUAAUUCAGCAUCAAACCUCAUUGCAUUGUUGAUGUCAGUUUUUUACAAGUACAGUACUCUCUUUUUAUUAUAUUUAUCAUAGCAUCAAUACUAGACUAAAAUGUUUGGAAAGAACUGGAAUGUUACUUGCUUGACUAAGCUGUAAACUAAUGCAACAACUCUCUCUCUCAUCAACUGCAAAUAAUGUACCUCUAUUUACUUUCCAAAUAGUUUCCCAUGUCAUUGGAUGUUACAAGAGGUAUUAAUUAUGCACCAAUCUCUAUGUGUUGGUGCUGAAAUGUUCUAACACAAGUACAAUUCAGUAUGAGCAAAACAUUAACGGAGGUGCACCACAGUCAUGCUCGGCUCGACUCAAGGAAGUGUGAGGAGCUGAUAACACUGGCUGAUCACAAGAUUAUUAACUUACCUUGUUUCGUGUCUGGCUUAAUAUAGUUAAUUCAUUUAAUGAUAAGAGAUGAGUAUACAGCUCAGUUAUUUAUAUUAUCACUUUUAAUGUUGUAUCAUUGCAAUAGGGUGAUCCAGAACUGUCCACUUUCAUUAGUUAGUAUCUAAUGAUCAUACAAUAAAAAGGUUUAUUGACAGAACUACAUUACAUGGCUUAAUAUGCAAGGCCUGGCUUGUCUAACAAGCAGUGAUUUUUGUUAUUUUCAAAUAUUUCUUUCCAAAUUGUUUUAUUCAGGUGAAUAUUAUUAUGCUGUGUUAAGAACGUGAAAGGCUGAUUUGUUAUGUUAGGUUUGAUCAAAUUUCUAUGUUCUUUCAAGUCAAAUUAAAAACAAAUCCAAUAAUAUAUAAUGUAAAGAAAAAUUUUAUGAUAAAUUUUUUGUUUAAAAAUAUGACAUUUCAGGAAAAUUCAGCUUGUUAGGCAAUGUGGCCUAUUAGGUACAACAUAUAUAUUUUAUUACAAACAUAACAGUGCUGUAGACUAUUACAGGUGAAGGAUGUGAUUUGUACUCGGUGAUGGAGUCAGUAUUGGGGAGCUACUGAGCGGCCCUCUCGGCAAUCUGACUUGAGUCCCUCAGUAGCUCUCCAUCCCCCACCUGGUGAAUAGGAAGCCACUCAGUAGCUCUCCAUCCCUCACCCGGUGAAUAGGAAGCCACUCAGUAGUUCUCCAUCCCCCACCCGGUGAAUAGGAAGCCACUCAGUAGCUCCCCCCAACCCCCACCCAGUGAAUGGGGAGCCCCUGAGUAGCUUCCCAUCCCCCAACUGGUGAAUGGGAUGGUUGGCAAACAAGACUCAUGGUUGCAUGUAUCUAGGUGGGGGAUUUUAUAAUGAUAAAAGUUUUUUGCGUGGUUUCAUCAGAGUUACAAGUUUCUUUAAGCAGUUACUUGUUUUGGAGCAUUUGUGGGUUUCUGUUGAGUCCAUUGGUUGAUUCUGUGGUGAUUUCUGAUUGCCAGGCUUCCCUCGACCCAAGUGGGCCAGUUACUGGUCGUGGUACCCGGUAGGCACUCACGGGUCAUAAGCUACUAGGUUUGGGUACUUACUAGUACUAGGCUAGUACAGUACUAGGCUUGGGUACUUAAAGGCUGUAAGAGUGAUUAGCUAUUGAGUGGUCUACUAGAAAACAGGUGUUUCACUAAAUUCAGUGUUUGGUUUUUGAAUAUAAUUUUAUGGUCUAUUGUGCUUUAGUGAACUGCUAGGGGGAAGCCAAUUGGCAUUUACAUUUCCUAACAUUACCAUUAAUGUUACUUUCAUUAGUCAUUCAUUCAUUGUGAUUGUUACAUUUCUGUUUGCUGUUUUCACCUAGAUCUGUGACAUGAUCUAACUAGUCAUUAGAAUGUAGUUUGUCUUGUUAUGUAUCAUCUUUAGUAGUGUUUAUGAUUGUUAAUGUUAAUUCUAAUGUUGAAAUGCAGUUAUCACAGGCAAGAAAGAAUCUCCCAUUAUAACAGUGAGCAAAUACGGAAGUCAGAAGACGUCUAAUUCUUCAAGUCCAGUAAGCAUUUAUAUGUAUAUAUUGCUGUUGCACAAAGAGUCAUAUUCUCAACAGUGCUGUUAGUCAUCUUGGAUUUUGUUGACAGAUUUAAUUAUGUUCUCAUAUAGUUUAUGUCUAUGUGCUCUUGUUUGACUGUGCAGUCAGACAACAAAUAUGUACACAUUUGCUUUUGCCAAUAUCAAUGACCAGAAAUGGUGCAUAUGUAACAUAAUGUUAUGAAUUGAUGAGUACAUUUUUUUUUUUAUUUGGUCAUCAGUUAUCACAUUUGGUAGCUUAUAGGAAGUGGUAGCUAAGGCAUCCAAAAUAUUGUACGAAACACGUGAGAUGUCUGUUGUUAGUAAGACAAAGAUACACCAAUAGAAGAAUGAAUCAUUUGUAAAUGUAAAAAAGAAAAUAGUGUGUGAUAUUGGAUGAGUGGACUGAAUUAGGUGAUAUGAAGUAUGUGUAUCUAUUGUAUAUGGUCUGGCACUGACCAUAGACUAGUAUGCAAUAGCUAGAAGAUAGAACAGGAACAUUUUUCUAUUUUAAAGUUUCUCUUUGGUUGAUGGAGUUUUAUUAAAUGUUGUUGCUCUGUCUUGAGAUGAUGUUUUGUUUCAUUAUGGUUGUAGCAGUCUACAUUGUUGGUUGAUUAUAAAGUUUAUAUGCAAAAUAUUUUAUUAGUGCCUAAUGUUAGGCUCCAGUGCAGUUGGUUAAUAAUAAUUACCUCAGAGGAGAAUAAUGUGCUUAAGCUCAGGUUUUAUUAAUGUAUUGUGUGAAAAUUGUUGAUUAAGUAGUCCAUUCUACCACUCGAGAACAAGAACAGCAUCCCCCUUUUCUUAGGGGAGAUGUCAUCUAUGGUGCCAAGGCCUCUUCUCAUGGGCACUUAGUGCAACAGUAUCUUGCACUUUACUCUUGGAUCUGCAUUGUCUUGCUAACAGUUAUGCACAGUCUUGUAGAAUGUCCGGAUUUUUAGGAUAAUGAUGAAUCUUCUUUCCCCAAUAUUUCUUUGAGGUACAUAUUUUUUGACAAAACCAUUGGUGAAUCUGAUACCUUUGACAUUACUCCCUAUAUAUAUGUAUAUUUUUGUUCUUAUACCAGUAUUGGAAUCUGAAUGAUAUCUAACUAUUUCUGAAUAUUGUGUGACAGUGCUAAAUAGUCUUCCAGGCUUGGCACCUUAUUUUGAUAAUUUAUAAUUGCAUGUAUAUGUGAUGAGGCUAUCAUGUUCUAGUGGCCUGUGGAUAUCAAAUGUAAUUUCAUCUCUACCGAUAAUGUUUGAAUGACAUUCCCAGAGAGAUUCACAUCAAAGAAAUGGGUUACAAAACACUUCCUUGAGCUAUGUCAGAAAGAGCUUUACGUACAAUAUAUACAAGCAAAAAAAAAAAAUACAUAAAAGUAGCAUCCAGAUUGAACACUUGAGUCGUGAACUAGUCAGAACUCUUGUGGCAUCAAAAAUGACCCCAGCAUCUCGAUACACUCAAACUACGGAACACAUCAUUUUUGUUUUUGUUUUUUAUUCCUUUUCUGUGUAUGUAAAUGUAUCAUUCCCUUAAUGCAAAUCUUGUUGCAUAAUUUUUAUAUAUUCUUUCACACAACUUUGAUGGUGCAGUUUUGAUGAUAACCACAUGCUGAGGAUUUAUAAUUUAAAUCUGAACUAUAACUAGGUGUGCUAAACAGGGAUGAUCUGCAGGUAUUUUUUGUUGUAGAGUGUGCAAGGUAAAGCCCAUUGUUGAUCAUUUAUAUAUAUAUACCAGCACCUAAGUCUUUUGUACAAGGAUUUUUUAUGUGGCUGUAUGGUCUCAUGUUUUAAAAUUGUUUGGGUUAUUAAAUAUAUUUGUUGAAGGCAUGUAACUGAAUCUCUUUUA